UAAGUAACUUGACCAGUCAUACAGCUAGUACGCAUUGGUAGGUGGAUUUCAAACCCAGAUCUGUCUGGCGUUUGGAACCCAUGUUCUCAAAUUCAGUGGUCUGCAGAGUAGCAACAACUGCCUUUUACCACCACUGACCAGCUCCGGGGUACUGCCCUCCUGGCCACAGGUCUGAACACCCAGCCAGACUUCCUUUUCCAAGCCCAUCACAUCCUUCUCCCACUUGCCAAUGAAACUCAACUGUAAGUCACCACAUCAGGCUGCCUGACAAACGAAUCUCUUUUGCAAUGCCUUGGACCAUGGCAUCCAUCCCAAAUGCCUCCCCAACCUCAUGCUCCAUUGCUCUUCUGAGGGUUUGGUUCACAUUCCUCACUGACCUUUUGCUUAUGCUCUUUGCCCUUCUUAGAAUCCCUUCCCAAACCCUUCGAGAGCCACCCGUUGAAGUCCCAGAAGACUCCUAAUUUCCUCAAUCCAAUGAUCUCACACAAUUCUGCAUCUCAAGGCCAGAAACAGCCUCAGAAAGCUCCUCUGACCCAAUAUGCAGUCAGGAAGCUGCAAAGAGCAAGGAGGGCUUGAGUUCCAGUCCGACUAGCAUUGGAAGGAGGAGAAAGGACACCAGUGAAGCUGUUUCUUUGAAGUCCUAUGUCACCAGUUUUUUCUCCAAAUCUUGCUUAGGGACAAGGGGGUAAAAGAUGUUGAGAGAGAAGUGGGGUUGGAGAAAGAGACAGGUGCAGCUGAGAGAUUGCUAGAGAGAAAGGAGAGAGUGUGGGAGCCAUAUACGUAGAUGGCUUAUCUUCCUAUAACAUCAAUUUCUCUGGACUAUUUUGGGUAGGGAAUGAAAAUCUGUAACUUAAAACAUUUUAAUAUUUUUAAAAGAUUUUAGGGAACAUUAAGACCUAAAAGUAAAAUUCUCCAGAAUUUUAAGCUAAAACAUGAAAUUGUUAAGAAAUUCCGUGCCCGUAGCGGGGAGAAUUAGGGCUCCUUCCCCAACUGGGGGUGAUUCCCUUUGUUCUGAGGUUGGGGGAUAAGUGAGAGCCCAGCGCCUGGCGGGAAGUGAAGGCAGCUAUUGUGAUCUUCGGGGGCCGGGGAAGGGAGGCUCAGUGCCCAAGAGUAUGACCUAGCCAGAGGCUCUGGGAAGGAGCACCCCUGCGUCCCCUCUGCACCCUUGGCGACAGGGUCUGGGCAGGAGGCGGAGAAUGUCAGCCGCGGAGUCAGUGGCUCCGCCCACUCUCUCCCGAACCGCCCCAGCAUUGACUCCACGUGGUUUUCACCACUCGCAGCGCAGAGCCGGUGGUCCCGCGGCAGCUCCAGCUCCAGGAGUGGCGCGGCGGCGAGAACCGCGAGCCCCCAAGGGAUCAGUCUGUGACUUCUCCCCUGAAAAGAGCGAGGAACGCGCCCUUCCGAUAAAACUGGACUCCAACCAGCUUCCGACGACAAGCUUGGGACGGAGAAUCCCAGAGUCCCGAAGGACAAGUCAGCGGCCCCAGGGGAAGGACGGCCGAGGUCACCAUCCAGACCGCCAUGGCCGCACCCGCCCGCAGUCUAUGCCACAUCGCCUUCCACGUGCCCGCGGGGCAGCCCCUCGCCCAGGAUCUGCAGCGCAUCUUCGGCUUCCAGCCCUUGGCAGCGCGGGAGGCAGACGGCUGGCGGCAGCUGGCCCUGCGCAGCGGCGAUGCAGUCUUUUUAGUGAACGAGGGCGGGGGGCGCGGGGAGCCGCUGUACGGCCUGGAUCCGCGUCAUGCCGUGCCUAGUGCCACCAACCUGUGCUUCGACGUAGCGGACGUUAGCGCCGCUGCCCGAGCGCUGGCCUCGAGAGGCUGCAGCGUCCCAGUGGCCCCUGUUAGCGUGCGGGAUGCGCAGGGCACCGCCACCUACGCCGUCGUCAGCUCGCCGGCAGGCAACCUCAGCCUGACGCUGCUGGAGCGCGCUGGCUUCCGCGGACCCUUUCUGCCCGGCUUUGGACACGUACCCUCCGCAACCGGCCCAGGCUGGGUCAGCCACGUGGACCACCUGACUCUGGCCUGCACCCCCGGCAGCUCCCCAACACUGAUGCGCUGGUUCCACGACUGUCUAGGCUUUCGCCACCUGCCACUGAGCCCAGGUGAGGAUCCAGAGCUGGGCCUCGAGGUGGAAGCGGGGUCUGGACGCGGGGGGCUGAGGCUUACCGCCCUGCAAACCCCGCCAGGCAGCGCUGUCCCCACCCUUCUGCUGGCCGAGUCCCUGCUAGGGGCCACCGACGGACAGGACCAGAUAGAGCAGUUUCUGGCCCAGCACAGGGGACCGGGCCUGCAGCAUGUGGGGCUGUACACCCCGAACAUCAUGAAAGCCACUGAGCGGGUGGCAGUGGCUGGAGGCCAGCUCCUGACUCCUCCUUCCGCCUACUACCUGCAGCCGGGAAAGGAAAGACAAAUCCUAGCUGCAGGGCACGAGCCUAGCCUGCUGGCCCAACAGGGCAUCCUGCUAGAUGGCGAUAAAGGCAAGUUUUUACUUCAGGUCUUCACCAAGUCCCUCUUUGCAGAGGACACCUUCUUCCUGGAGCUGAUUCAGAGGCAGGGGGCCACAGGCUUCGGCCAGGGCAACAUCCGGGCGCUGUGGCAGUCGGUGCAGGAGCAAGCUGCCAGGGGUCAGGAAGCCUGAGGGCCAGAACCGGCUGCUGUCACUUGUCCUGGAGCUCCGGGGAGUCCAGCACAGGGCCUGCAGGAACCAGGAAACACCUAGAAGCCUGGAGUGAAAGACUUUGUCCCUAGGGGCCAGGUGUGGCCUCUAUCUUAACAGUACCUGCUAGAAGUUGACUCCCUCACUGGGGUCCAAAGAGGUGGGAUUUUUUUUUUAACUAUGAAAGAUUUCUUACAUAGUCUAUAUUUAAUAUAUAUUAAAGAUACAAAGAAUAAAGGAAUUACACAAUUAGGAAAUAGAACAUAACCAAUACUUUUGAA